AUGGCUCAGUUCUAUUACAAAAGAAACGCCAACGCGCCCCACAGAGACCGCAUCCCUCUGCGCAUAGUCCGGGCGGAAUCGGAGCUCUCGCCGUCCGAGAAGGCCUACCUGAAUGCCGUGGAGAAGGGAGACUAUGCAAGUGUCAAGAAGUCCCUGGAGGAAGCUGAAAUUUAUUUCAAAAUCAAUAUUAACUGCAUCGAUCCCCUCGGAAGGACUGCUCUCCUGAUUGCAAUAGAAAAUGAGAACUUGGAGCUCAUCGAGCUACUCUUGAGCUUCAAUGUCUACGUGGGGGACGCCUUGCUCCACGCGAUCAGGAAGGAGGUCAUUGGAGCUGUUGAGCUGCUGCUGAACCACAAAAAGCCCAGUGGAGAAAAGCAGGUGCCGCCCAUCCUCCUUGACAAACAGUUCUCUGAGUUCACGCCGGACAUCACGCCGAUCAUCCUGGCAGCCCACACAAACAACUACGAGAUCAUAAAACUCCUCGUGCAGAAAGGAGUGUCGGUGCCCAGGCCGCACGAGGUCCGCUGCAACUGCGUGGAGUGCGUGUCCAGCUCAGACGUGGACAGCCUUCGCCACUCGCGCUCCAGGCUCAACAUCUACAAGGCGCUGGCCAGCCCCUCCCUCAUUGCCCUGUCCAGCGAGGACCCCUUCCUCACGGCCUUCCAGCUGAGCUGGGAGCUCCAGGAGCUGAGCAAGGUGGAGAACGAGUUCAAGUCCGAGUACGAGGAGCUGUCGCACCAGUGCAAGCAGUUUGCGAAGGACCUCCUGGACCAGACCCGGAGCUCGAGGGAGCUGGAGAUCAUCCUGAACUACCGCGACGACCACAGCCUCAUAGAAGAGCAGAGUGGAAAUGACCUUGCACGACUGAAACUGGCCAUCAAGUACCGUCAGAAAGAGUUUGUAGCCCAGCCCAACUGCCAACAGCUGCUGGCGUCCCGCUGGUACGACGAGUUCCCCGGGUGGCGGAGGAGGCACUGGGCCGUGAAGAUGCUGACCUGCUUCGUCAUAGGCCUGCUCUUCCCUGUCUUCUCCGUGUGCUACCUGAUAGCUCCUAAGAGCGCCCUCGGACUGUUCAUCCGAAAGCCAUUUAUCAAGUUCAUCUGCCACACAGCGUCCUAUCUGACGUUUUUGUUUCUGCUGUUGCUGGCCUCCCAGCACAUCGACAGGUCAGACUUGAACCGGCAAGGGCCGCCACCAACCAUCGUCGAGUGGAUGAUAUUACCGUGGGUCCUGGGUUUCAUCUGGGGGGAGAUCAAGCAGAUGUGGGACGGUGGCCUCCAGGACUACGUGCACGACUGGUGGAACCUGAUGGACUUCGUGAUGAACUCCCUGUAUCUGGCCACCAUCUCCUUGAAAAUCGUGGCGUUUGUGAAGUACAGCGCCCAUAACCCUCGAGACACCUGGGACAUGUGGCACCCCACGCUGGUGGCCGAAGCCCUGUUCGCCAUCGCCAACAUCUUCAGCUCCCUGCGCCUCAUCUCGCUGUUCACGGCCAACUCGCACCUGGGGCCGCUGCAGAUCUCUCUGGGGCGGAUGCUGCUGGACAUCCUGAAGUUCCUCUUCAUCUACUGCCUUGUGCUGCUGGCCUUCGCCAACGGCCUCAACCAGCUGUACUUCUACUACGAGGAGACGAAGGAGCAGGGCUGCAAAGGCAUACGGUGCGAGAAGCAGAACAACGCGUUCUCCACGUUAUUUGAGACACUCCAGUCCCUGUUUUGGUCCAUAUUUGGGCUCAUCAAUUUGUACGUGACCAACGUGAAAGCCCAGCACGAAUUCACCGAGUUUGUUGGUGCCACCAUGUUUGGGACGUACAACGUCAUCUCUCUGGUUGUCUUGCUCAACAUGUUAAUAGCUAUGAUGAAUAACUCUUACCAACUCAUUGCUGACCACGCGGACAUAGAGUGGAAGUUUGCUCGAACAAAGCUUUGGAUGAGCUAUUUUGAAGAAGGGGGGACCCUGCCCACGCCCUUCAACGUCAUCCCGAGCCCCAAGUCUCUCUGGUACCUGGUCAAGUGGAUAUGGACGCACCUGUGCAAGAAGAAGAUGAGAAGGAAGCCGGAAAGCUUUGGAACGAUAGGGGUAAGAGCCCAGCAUAGGCGGGCGGCUGACAACUUGAGGCGACACCACCAGUACCAGGAAGUGAUGAGGAGCCUGGUGAAGCGCUACGUGGCCGCGAUGAUCCGAGACGCCCGCACCGAGGAAGGCCUGACCGAGGAGAACUUCAAGGAACUGAAGCAGGACAUCUCCAGCUUCCGCUUUGAAGUCCUGGGCUUGCUGAGGGGAAGCAAGCUCUCUCCAGUGCAGCCCGCUCCCGCCGAGAAGGGCUCCUCUAACUUAGCCGACUGGGAGGACAGGGGCGACGAAGCCGCAGGCAAAGACAAGAAGAAGAACUUCAGCCUCUUCGACCUGACCACCCUGAUCCACCCACGCUCGGCGGCCAUCGCCGCAGAGAGACACCCCGUGAGCAACGGCUCCGCCCUGGUGGGGCAGGAGCCCCCGCCGCGGGAGAAGCAGAGGAGAAUGAAUUUUGUGGCCGACAUCAAACAUUUCGGGUUGUUUCACAGACGGUCCAAACACAGCGCCGCGGAGCAACACGCACACCCGAUCUCGUCUGUUUCGGAAGAGGUGGCUCGGCACCAGGCCGAGGGGUCCCUGGAGAGGAGCGCUCAGCUGGAGCCGCGAGGGCUGGCGGCCCGCGGCGAGCGCAGCAUCCCCGGGCUCAGCGAACAGUGCGUCCUGGUGGACCACCGGGAGCGCAGCGCGGACAGCCUGCCCGUGCAGGUGGGCAAGAGGAUCUGCGCCUUCAAACCCGAGAAGGCGGUGGUGGAGGACACAGUCCCCAUUAUCCCCAAGGGGGGGCGUGCCCGGGAGGAGGACUCCAGCUCCGACUACGACGCCACCCUCUCCGACACCGUCGCCCACGAAGACUACGUGACCACCAGGUUGUGA